CUUCCCUCCCUCUCCUCGCCCCGAGCGAGAGAAGCUGCGAGGCUGGGCGGGCCCAGCUCGGCCACUGCUCAGGGCGGUGUUUCGAGAGCGGCGUCAGCGACCGCGGUUUGUCGCCGCUCCAGGGUUCAGGAGCUUAUUUAAGCCGGCCACGCGCACACACACGAGCACAGGCGCGCGCGCGCGACGCAGGCAGCUGCUGAGCAUCCUUAGCAUCAGCAGCAUCGGGCAGCCAGGGAGCCGGUGGGGGAGCAGCAGCAGCAGCAGCAGCAGCCCGAGCCAGACAAAGCAAAGAUGGCAGGGAUCCUCGCUUGGUUCUGGAACGAGAGGUUCUGGCUGCCGCACAAUGUCACCUGGGCGGAUCUGAAGAGCACCGAGGAAGCCACCUUCCCUCAAGUGGAGGACCUCUACCUGGCCUUCCCCCUGGCCUUCUGCAUCUUCAUGAUCCGCAUGGUUUUCGAAAGGUUUAUAGCCAAGCCAUGUGCCUUAGGCCUAAAAGUCCAGGCCAAUGGACCACGGAAAGCUCAGCCUAAUGCUAUUCUUGAAAAAGUCUUCACUGCAAUUACAAAGCAUCCAGACGAGAAGAGGCUUGAAGGGCUUUCCAAGCAACUGGAUUGGGACGUUCGCAGUAUUCAGCGCUGGUUUCGACAGAGACGCAAUCAGGAAAAGCCGAGCACUCUGAGAAGGUUCUGCGAAAGCUUGUGGAGAUUUACAUUUUACCUUUAUAUAUUCACCUAUGGAGCCAGACUCUUGAAAAAGAGUCCCUGGGUGUGGAACACUCGGCUAUGCUGGACUGGAUACCCAUAUCAGCCGCUGAUGCCUGAAAUGCAUUACUACUACAUACUUCAGCUGUCGUACUAUUGGUCCUUAAUGUUUUCUCAGUUCAUUGACAUCAAAAGAAAGGACUUUACCAUCAUGUUUACCCAUCACAUCAUAGCAGUCAUUUUGAUAACCCUCUCCUACACAGUCAAUUUCAUCCGAGUGGGAGUCCUAACUAUGUGUCUUCAUGAUGUGGUGGACAGCGUGCUGGAGGCAGCCAAAAUGGCAAACUACUGCAAGUGUCAAAAGUUGUGUGAUUUCCUCUUCAUCUCGUUUGCUGUCAUUUUCAUGAUUACAAGGCUUGGAUUGUAUCCUUUAUGGGUAUUGAACACAGCAAUAUUUGAACUGCCCGAAGCAGUUGGUGGCUUUCCUUCCUUGACGAUCUUUAUCAUUUUACUUCUGGUACUUCAAGUUCUCCACUGUUUUUGGUCCUAUCUAAUAGUAAAGGCAGCCUAUAAAGCAAUUUUGAAAGGCAAGGCUGGGAAGUGGAACCCUUUGCAUGCGAAGGAUGACCGAAGUGACAUUGAGUCUAGUUCAGACGAAGAGCCCACCACAGCUCCUCAUUCAAAGACCUCCCACAGCUCAGCCACCACCAAUGGGACGAGCGGAACAAACGGAACAAACGGGUAUCUCACUGGGGGCAACUCCGCAGAGGAACACUAAUCCCUGGAUUAAACACGGAUACACGAACAAGACGAACUGUUUGCUACUGGAAGUCAAUCGGUUGUGAAUGCUGGGUUUUGUUUUUCAUUUCGUUUUGUCUUUUCUUCCUUCCCUUAUUCUUUUUGUUUCUCAACAUCAGAGAAAAACAAAACACAUGGAGUAUUUAAAGCUUCUGAUAGCGUACUGCUAUGUUUCCUGUUUGUGAAUGACAGCGCCACACCAUGUUCUUUAUGUAGGCAUGCUGUAUGUAUAUAGAUACAUGACCAGAUGGGAGCAGUACUUUCUUCUGUAGGCUUUGACGAUUACUUAUUUUAGAUCUUAUUUGGGGGUGACUUGUGGAUGAAAGGGAGCAAGAUUCUCUUUCAGACUUCACAUCAGGGCCAGGGACUGCCAAGUUUUAAGGUAUGUUUCCGUGCUUCAUUUCUCUAGCCCAGUAUCUAGCGUUACAACAAAACUUUAUAAAAGUUCCUCUUUAGUUCUAGGUUGGUUUUGUUUUAAUUUGCUGUUUUUGUGCUGAAGGAUGCUGACUUUAGAAACUCCCACUACAAACACAGUGGUCACUCCCCUCACCCUAGAGAGGAGUUUUAAAAUGGUGCAUUAGUAUUUCUAAACCGCCUGUAAUGGAGCCAGUCCAUAUGAAACCUUAGUUAUUGUAAGAUGGGAUUUUAGCUGUCUUUUACAAGAUUGGUGGCAAAUUAGAUCAGAGCUCACUGUUUGUGCAAAUGCCCAAACUAUGUUUACAUCAGGUAAGAACAACUCAAGUCUUACAGAUAAGUCCUGCCUUGCAGUUUUAACCUCCAGUUUGAUUUUUAAAAAUUUCUGGAGAUGCCUUUUGUUUAGUAUCAGAAGAAAAAUGCUUACUUGAGCGCAUAGUCAUGUAUACAAAAGUUGGACUUGGAUCAUAUUUAGAACCAGCAUCAAGAAGAAUAGAGGCAGAAAAGAAUUGCUUACAGGG